GAUCGAUGCCAGGUUGGUUGCCUCACGCAAGAGCCACUGAUUUUGCUUGGCUUGGCCGGCUGAGAACAUCUGGCGGAACCGCUUCCUUUCGUUUCAUCACCGGUCAACGUUCGAUAGACGCAAGCUCUCAUUCAGUGGCGGCAACAAACAAACAAGCACAGCAAGCAAGUUGGUUGGUUGAUGGCGAACGGGAGACCACUCAAAAGACAAGUCACACAAAACAAAACCUGUCCAGGCAACACACGCACACACAGCAUCAAAUCAAUACGUCAACCAGAACCGAGUUCCAGUGUCUCUACAGUAGUCAUCAAGCCUUCUCAUCCGCAUCAGUCUUUCCUUGCCAGGUCCUCUCAUAAGACAUUCAUGAAUCAACUAAUCACAUCCAGAUAGCGAGACUAUACAUUGACGAGAGAGACGAGACUCAUACAGCUAGGGAGAAUGGUACAUGUAGCACAAGCGCACUCACAUCAUCACCAUGAACAACAAGACGAACAGGACCACCAUGGCGAACCAGGAAUGGAUGCCGUUGGACGGCGUCUGUCCGUCGUUUUGAACGCGCGCAAGAGCACCUCUUGUUGCGCGCUCGUCGUGGCGUUCUUUCCCAAGACGCACAAACACCGACUGCGGUUUGACGACGAUCACGAGAAGAACGUUCUGUUGCGGUCACUCGACUACAGUUGGAUCGACGUGGACGCCGUUCGACUUUCUGCGUUCGAACUGGCUAUUCAACGAGAUGCGGUGGGACGUCGCCUGGAAGUCUUUCAUCACGUCCGUCAAAAGUGGUACCAAGCCACCGUUCACAAGUACGUGGAACACUGUCAGCAACAUGCCGUGGUGCUGGAGCCGCAGGGCAAGGUCCAUCUAGUGGACUUGCAACAGUGUCCUUGGCGGUACACGGAUCUCAUUGGACCAGCAACGACAACGCGCAACACUCGCGACCUAGCUACUUCCAAGUACAUGGGAGUCGUGCGGUUCACACAAGGCACUUGGAAAGCUUACUACGGCGACGACAACAAGUACAUUGGUUGCUUCGAGUCGGAAAAGGAUGCGGCGUUGUCCUAUGACGUCUAUGCGCGUAAGCGACACACUUCCGUCAACUUUGAAAAUCGACGCAUUUGUCGCGCUCAAAUGAAGAUGUUGCGAGUGGAAGAACCAGCGGCACCGAAGGAGGUCCCGUCCACUCCCGUUGUGGUGCCAGUUACCGUCACUGUGACACCCGAAGUGAUUGAGUCAUUGCCGGUGUUGCAGCAAGAAGAGGAGACUGCCAAUAUUGUCAUGGCAUCGUCUACUGAAUCCGCGGAGGAAGAAGAGCACGCUCCAUUGGAGGAGACGGAGGGACCUGCAGAGGUUGAACACCACAAUGAUGACAACAUCGUUCGACCCGAUCCAGAGGGCGUUCAUGGCUCUUCAAUGAUGGAGGAGGAGAAUGAUGUUGAAUGUGGUUACUCGGCGAUGGUGGACGAUGUUGCUGCAGACGUUCAGCAAACACAGGAAUGCGCUGUCUCAACCAUGGUGGACGAUGUUGCAUCGGGUGCUGUGCCGGAUGUUCACCAAACACUGCAAUAUGGCGACUUUGUGAACGACGUUGCAUCUGGUGUUGCGGCGGAUGUUCAGCAGACACGGGAAUGUGGUGACUCAACCAUGAUGCACGAUGUUGAAUCGGGUGUUUCGGCGGAUAUUCAGCUGACACAGGAAGAUCCACCUGAGAAGCAGUCCGGAAGGGUGACUCCUACUUCCGUAACAGAGGAGGUCCAUGGUCAUGAUGGCGCAUGUCAUUCUCCUCGCAGUGAGAGGGAACACCUGGGUCAUGAACUUGAACAACAUGAAGAUGAGCCAAUGUUGUCACAUUCGGAUAUUCAUUCAGGAAUGGAAGCGAAAAGACGCAUCAGUACAAGCAGCAAUGAUGGUCAUCACGCUAGUGCAGCUGAAGAGGAGCAUGUGAUCCAGCAACAGGAGCCUGUGAAAGCUGCCCCACAAACAGUUUGUGCCAACAUCUUUGAAGAUUCCGAAGACGAGCGUGAUUGUGGUGUUUCUGAUGAUGUCAAGAUUACCAGCAACAACCACAAACACAGCAACAAUGUCGCCGCAAACAUCUUUGAGUCCGAUGAGGAUGACGAAGAAAGUGUGCAUGUCACACCAAAGAAGAAGCGCAAGAAGAAGAAGAAGGGAAGUAGUCAUCGCCAUCAUCGUCGUGUCAUUGAGGAAACACUUUCCUCAUUUGAUGAACUUGAUGGCAAAGAUAUGGAUUCCUCUGAAUUCCUUUCUUCUCCAACACCUACAAAGAAGAUGAAAAAGAUCAAACCUCCACCUUCCAAUCCAAAGAAGAAACGAAAGCGCUCUUCAUCACCCACUAACCCCAGAUUCCCUGUUGGCACUCGUUUUGUCAAAGAAUUCGAAGACUUUGGAACUUUCGAAGGGUUGAUCACUGCCUACGAUGGUAGACACUACCAAGUCUUCUAUGCAGCUGAUGGGGACGAAGAAGAACUCAGCGAAUAUGAGUUCGACAAGUAUGAGAUUCUUAGCGACAAGCAAACUACAGUCAGAGGCGCUGGUGGUUUGAAUUGUCCUCCCACCCCAAUAGCACAAAAGCGACAGAAGAAUGGCCAUAUGCGGAAAAAGAAACGCCGCGCGAAUGCAAUUCUGGAUUAGAUGUGGAAAGCGUGGCUUUGUGGCAUCAGAGCUCAAUGUUGAGCAUGGAAUUGAUCAACAAAGCUGUUUCCUGUCUGGUCUGGUCUGACGGGCUCUUGAAGGGUUGUUCUUACUCAUUCUGAAUGAGAUCCAUGACUGUGUCCUGGAAAAGGUGUAGGCAAUCAUACCGUAAUCAAGCUAGCUAAGCAAAGCAAUUCUCCAGAUUUCUCAUUGCUGUUGUCAUCUUGGUGUGUGGGCAUGCAGGCUGUGAAAACAACCACCACAACACGGGGGCCCUUGCUGGGCAUGUUUGCAUCUAUGCAUACAUGCAACAAACACAUGCAGACGGGUUUACCAUUGGCAACGUUGGUUGGGGCUCCCCAGUCGCCGAGGCAAACCUCUAAGAAACCGAGCAAAGUGGAUCAUUGCAAGAGUACCCUCACUUGGUUGCAACAUUUUGACUAGCUAGCUAGCCAAAAAGCCUGAUGCACAGGGAUAGCUUGGCUUCUUGGGUAGAUGACAAAACCAAAGAGAUUUCCAAGGCCCUUCUACCAGUAGGUACUAAAAGCUACUACAUGUCUCCAUCCAGAUGAUCGAAGCCACAGACUACAAGUAUUGAAAACUAGCUCGCUGCUACCGUAGUUGGCUAGCUAGCUACCUGGUACCUCCUGAUCCAUAGCAUAGCAAACCGGUAGCAUAGCAUAGAGCCUGAAGAGAAAGCUUGUGGGCAGCCAGAACCAGCCAAAGCCUGUACCUGUUUCUCGUUUCUGUUUGACUCCUGGAGGGUAAGAAUUCAGAUGGAUCAAGCAGAAAACCGAGAGGCCCGAAGAGUCAAGCUGGGAUACCAUUUGCAAGCUGGCUGCAGUGGAGAAGGCACUUCUGGUUGAAGUUAGCAAAAAGGGAGAGAGAGCGUGUGUGAAGCAUAGAAUCAGUGGAAUGAGUUGAGUAGAGAUGAUGAUUGCUCUUGUGGAUCAACGAAAAGGUUUGAAGGGUAAAAAGACUAAUCAAAGAUUCACUAUCCAUGCACAGCUGUUGUGUAAUCCGACCGAACAAGGCGAAAUCCAAAGAAGAAAGCAGUCAAUGUUGGAAAGAAUAGCACCGACAUACGCCGUUCUCUGCGGAUUGCAACUUGCAAAUUAUGAUUAUAAAAGACAUUCAUUACGAGAACAUGCCCCAACGGGGCUACAGUCAAGGAAGGUAUCGUCGACGGAGUUCGGCUACGGUAACCACCUUUGAUGCAACGAGAAUUAGGAAGAAGCAGCUUUGGCCUCGGCAACCACUGUGGUAGUCGCAACCGCCACUGCCCCAUCCUGUUUCAUAGGAACUUCCCUCUUGGUGUAGUAAAUCUCUUUGAUACUCUUUCCGCAUUUUCGACAGGUCGCCAUUCGAUGGACAAUGUCUUUCGUGUUCCACAAACCAAACAGCGCUGUCUGAGAGUGAUGUUCCACUAUAUCCACUGAUCCCGGCGAAGUACAGAACUGACAGGGACCAACGCUGGAUUCUACCAGAUUCUUGCUCUGUUUCUUUGUUGCGUAGAAGAAGACCAUGUUGGGUUUGCUGUUGUUGUUGUUGAUGUUGAUGUUGAUGGGAGUUUGUUUCAGCUCCUUGUUUUCGUUUUACAGUCAACAUUCAGAUAUAUAUACUGGGGGGGAUUCAGGAAUUCAGUAAAUAUAACAGAGAGAAUAAAUAUUGAUUUUAUCCCUAACCCUAACUAUUCCCGUAGAAUUGUACGUGCUCUAGUACUAAAAUAGGGUUAGAGUUAAAAAUGUGG